AAUGUCGCUUUUGUUUGCAUUUUUGCUGAUUUUAAGCUGCAACUGCAGCCUGUUGCUUGCCAAAAACAAGAGCUGUAGCUUACUGGUGGGCGAGCUGGGCGAUGGGCAGAGUAAAUUUGUGUACUGCGCCACCACAAAGUCCGUUCCGGUGCGGCUCUGCAUUGGCUGUGUACCGGAGUACAGAAUUCUAACGAGCUCCUACGAUGCGCUGCUCUCCCAAGAAAACUGUUCGAAGAUAUAUCUCAACUCGGAUCGCAUCAACGUGGUGGCCACCACCCAGGGCAUACUCACAAAUCUCUGGCAGAAAGCAAACUGCGAGGAUUGCUUCAAUGGCAAUCAUUCGGACCUAUAUGACGUCCAGUGGAAUAUUCUUAAUGGCUGUCUCAGUGCACAUAAAGAUGAUCCGUGCAUCUCUUGCAAGAAUGACUAUAUCGCACUGAACCAAUUUUACUUGGAAAUGGAGAAGGCAAACAAAGGACAUGUGUGCUUCGAUCUGCAGGACAGCAUGAACCGCACUCGUUCGAAUUGGUCCAAAACUUUAGGAUGCUGCCACCGGGAUGUAAAAUUAAAUACUUUCCUCAUUGCCGUCUGCGUUGUGGUCCUUCUGCCAAUCGUUACCUUCUACAUCACCGUCAUUGUGCUGACCAAGAGGCGGGAGGCCAAUCAUGGACUCCUCAACGAAGAGACACCCGAGUUGGAUGCCCCAUCAACUUCUGCUCUUAUUACCGCCGCCGUACUGUCCACGCCCACGGAAAAUCCAGUGGUUGUGGCUGGUAGAACGGAAAAGAUUGCCAAGCUGUUGAGUGGUGCAAGGGCUGGCUCUGAUUCGGACUUGGAUUCCAGCGACGAUGAGAUACAAGUAAAGCCAAAAACAGCCUAAGUAUGCGAAGGGGGAAAAACUCCUUUUGGAAAUAUUCUAAAAGUCAUCAAUGACCCUGUAUUUAACCACUUCAUGACUACUUUUUUGGGACGUAGAUUCUCACACUCCAUAAGAUAUAAAACAUAUAUCGUUUUGGAAUGUAAAUCGUGCUCCCUGUGUGAUAUCUCUGAAUAAAGUAACAAGCUUUUUUAUAGAUUUGUAAUCAAACAAAGUCUUUAUUCACAUCAGUCUUUGGGUGGGUCUCUCUUUCUUCCAGGACAUCUAUGAAGCUCUGGUGGGCGCCUGCUCCUCCAGUUUCGU